AUCCAGUCAGCAACACUUUGAAAGAUGAUACAGGCGAGACCAUCGAAAACGAGCUUGACUCCCAAAUGCUACUGCUGCAAACGAUUGCAGGAAGCAAAGGCUAUGAAAUUUCCGGUAACGAAGAUCCAGUCAGCAACACUUUGAAAGAUGAUGCAGGCAAAACCAUUGAAAACGAGCUUGACUCCCAAAUGCUACUUCUGCAAAAGAUUGCAAGAAGCAGAGGCUAUGAAAUUUCCGAUAAUGAGGGUUCCGGAAAUUGCAUGUUUCAUGCAUUGUCUGAACAACUGUCUCGUAUAAAACGAAUCACAAUGUCAAGUUACGAAUUAAGACAAGCCAUUGUCCAGUACCUCAGGAAGAACCCAAGACAGCCGGAUGGAACAUGCAGGUCCAACUUCGUAGAAGGAUGGAAAUCUUGGGAUGAUUAUCUGCAGCACAUGAAACGAGACGGUUCUUGGGGUGAUCACUUAACUUUGCUUGCUACAGCAAACCUGUUCAAAACUUGUAUUCGGGUGGUAAGCAGUCUGUCACAUCACGAUGACGUCUUCAUUACGUCGAACUACUGUACUGAUGACAGGAAUCCUCUCGUGUUGGGACACGUCCCCGAGUUGCACUAUGUGUCCCUGGUCAGAAGGGACGCCAACCCAUCUGAGUAGAAAGAAAUCUGUGAAGGUAGACUGACUCUUCGUCAUGUAAUUUAAUGAGCUGGGUCAAAGAAAGAGGCAAGCUGUUUAAAAUUUCAGCCCUAUUGUUGGCUCAAACUUUGUCUGAUCGCAUUCACCCUUGAAAAAGAGAAUGAGGGUUAACCUUGUUUUUAUUGUUUCUGUUUUUGUUCAUGUUUUGUACUCGUUGUUCUGUUGUUGUUGAAGUUGUU